AUGGUAGGCCGUGCGCCAAAGAAACAACGGAAGAAGGCGAGUGGCUGGAUUCCCCAUCCACAAGAAUCACGAGUUCCGCCUAGCCCGACUUUCCCUCUAUCAGGUCCAGAAAGCGUGUCUUCCCAGCAACCGCUAGUUAGCAUAUCCAUGGCAAGCCAUCGACCCACUGCAGUGAAUAAUAUAAUAGGGGAUGAUCCCAUUUUCACAAAUAAGGAGUUUACCGCCGUCUCUGCCGGCGCAGAGAUCAACAGUUAUCUACAGGACCUGUCAAGCAACUACCCGGAUCUGCCGCCGGUUUCACCCGGUAUGACCGAUCCUUUCUGGCAGGGAACGGAGAACUUGUUCCCUGAUCUAUGUCCAGACAUCCCGGGGAUUUCCACUUCCGAUGGCGUGUCCAAUAAGCACCCUCUGGGGUUCACCACCCAGGAGCGGACGGCGGAUUCGGUGCGGUCCCGAUUGGCACAACAAACCGACGCGAGAGCACCAAUCCCCCUUAGUUAUCGCGAUAAGUCGGUGAUGUCGGCUUACCCACAAGCCGCCGCCUUAAUGAUGACCAUCGAGUGCUUGGAAGAGCAGCUCCAGACCCCCCAGGUCCCGAUCGAUCAAGCGAUGCAGUUGAACCGGCAAGCCAUGGCCAGGGUACGGGAGAUAAGCAAGACCGACGAAUUUCAACGGUGCCAUAGUUGUCCGCUCUUGGUAGCGACCAUCAUGGAUCUGGUCGUAGGGCUGUAUGAGGUUGUGAUCCUCUCGACCCAGCGCCCUAAGGGCGAAGAAGACUCCGUGCCCUUAGGCGAUGAGAAUAAUCCGUCUAGGCGAAACAGUCUGUUUCAGCAGCCGACCGAGAAGUGUGAGACACCAAGUAGUGAAUCGAGUCCUAGAUCGGUCAUCAGUGGCGGUUCAGAGCCCCCGCUUUUCCAGUUUGGAUGUCUUGAAUUCGAUCCAGAGGAACAAGAGAUCUUCCGGGCUGCAAUGAUACGGCGUGAUUUGCGACGGUGCGUUGAUACCAUUCAGUACUGUAGUCAAGAAAUUCUGCAACAACAAAAAAAGGCUGCGGAUCCACGUAGUGGGCCUCGCGACGGGGGGUUUCAACCAAGAAGACCAUCAAAUAAGAUACACACCCAGUGGUACCAGGAGAUGGGAUAUCGUACUAAGGAGAUUCUCGCUGCGCUUCCCGCCCAGUGCAGCAGACAUCGAUGA